CCAUCACCGCCAUCACCGGAAACUAACGUGUCAACCGCGGCCCCCCCGAGUCCUUUAGCCAUCAGACGGCCUCGCCGGUUCCAUUGUAGAAUGCCAAGAACCCAAACCACUGUCCCAAAGGGAUGGGACGGGCAUGCUAUUUACCUCCAUGCCCCUUCAUAUUCAAAGAAGCUCUCCCGGGAGAAGCUCAUGACAAUUGUAUUCCCAAAAUCCCAUAUGGGCCCCAAUGUUCCCAUCUACAAGCCUAGUGGACCAUACACCAAUGUCAAGAUUACUCCAGUCACAGACUCUGCUCAUCCAGCGUUUGGGCAACAUGCUCUCUGUGCUAACCAGCAGCUCCCCCCAGACUCAUUCAUCCUGCCAUAUCUAGGCUAUGUUCACGAUCAGAAUGAUACCAAUGAAACAUCCGACUACGACCUCUCACUAGACCGAGAACUAGGUAUCGGCGUCGAUGCGUCCAUGAUGGGCAACGAAGCCCGCUUCAUCAACGACUACCGAGGAGUCUCGUCCGCACCCAAUGCUGAGUUUCGCGACAUACAUGUGGACUGCGGAAACGGCAAGGUGGAGAAGCGAGUCGGCGUGUUCGUCCUCAGUGCUGGUAAAAGUGGAAAGAGGGCAAAAGGCAUCGCCCGUGGCCAGGAAAUUCUUAUCAGCUACGGCAAAGGUUUCUGGUCGGAGCGACAGACAAUUGAAGAGUGACGCUUGUGUAUGUCUUUUUGAGACACUCAAAAUCACUUCAUCAGUUGUUCUACUCCCAUCGAACAAAGUCUUAGUUUUGGACGUAAAGCAUCCUAUCAGCCCAAGUACGCCUAUGCCGAAAGACACAUACACCUGGAAGCGAUGGGCCUUGAAAUCUGCAGGUGCUCGCAAAUUGGACGCCCCUAUAAACGAAAAGUCAGGAUUUCCAUGCAGGUUCCCUG